UUGCGCGGCACUAAAACGCUUGGGUUUGUGUCACAUUCAUUCAAGACCCCCAAAAUGGCAGGUCCAGAUUUAGUCAAAACGGUGUUGUACACGAUUAAUAAUUUAUUACAGCAAGAAAAGUAUAAAGCUGCACUUGCAGUUGUUAAAGGAUUCCGAAAUGGUGCUGUUUAUGGGGCAAAAAUCCGGGCACCCCAUGCUCUUGUCAUGACGUUUCUUUUCAGAAGUGGAAGCCUGAAAGAUAAGCUGCGAGCCAUUGUGAAGGCCACGUACCAACACUCGCGCAACCUCGCCUACUUUGUGUUCACGUACAAAGGACUGCAGGCCCUACAGGAGAGGAUCCAUGGGAAGAGUCUACAGUCUCAGUCCUUCUUCGCCGCCUGCCUCGGUGGCUGGUUGGUGUUUGGGGAAAACAACAACAUCAAUAGCCAGAUCAACAUGUACCUGCUGUCUAGGAUCCUGUUUGCCUUGUCUCGCCUGGCCGUGGAGAAAGGCAUUGUACCGCAGCCCAAGCGGGACCCCUUCCCCCUGUUUGCUACCCUGGUGUGGGGCAUCGUGCUGUGGCUGUUCGAGUACCACCCCCACACCCUCCAGCCUUCACUGCAGUCCUCCAUGAACUACCUCUACCACGACAGCAACGUGUGGAACGAUAUCUCAGACUUCCUUGUCUACAACAAGCCAAGGACUGUCGCUCCCAAGUGAGCUAAAGCUAAAAUAAGCAUCUCAAUAGACUAAAGUGUCUUCCUCGUCUCCUUUCCUUCAUCUGGUCUGAAAGAACUGGACUGGGUGGAAAGCAAAUUCCCAGUAUGACUUUAGACUGUUGGGAUGCAGGCCUGGGCCGUAUUUAAAAAGUGUCUCAGAGUAGGAGGGCUGAUCUAGGAUCAGUUUUGCCCUUUAGAAAAUAAUGAAUAAGAUGAUACAUACAUACAGUACCACUCAAAAGUUUGGACACACCUACUCAUUCAAGGGUCUUUAUUUUUACUAUUUUCUACAUUGUAGAAUAAUGGUGAAGAUACCAAAACAAUUAAAUGACAUGUAGUAACCAAAACAUAUAUUUUAGAUUUUAGCUUUUUCAAAGUAGCCACCGUUUGCCUUUGACAGCUUUGCACACUCUUGGCAUUCUCUCAACCAGCUUCACCUGGAAUGCUUUUC